GCGAAAUAGACUAGAAUAUGAGGUAAGAGGAGACAAGAAUAAUAAAGAAAUAACAUGCAGCGAAGGUCAUUAUCAAGGAAACAACAAGGUUCAUGCUUCAUGGAAAACCUAAAAGACAAGAAAAUAAUUACGUCACAUCCCCCUGUGUUUACCAAUUUAAAUGUGUGUGUGGUCACAUAUAUAUAUGGAGAAGCAAUCGUUAUUUCAAAAUUAUGGUGUGUGAUCAUGUACCUAAAUGGUUCCAGAAACAAAUAGAAUCAAAUGACCCAAUAAGAAUAGAGGAUAAGCAUCCAUCAUCCUCCAUUGCCAAACACAUAAUUGAAACAGGUCAUAAGAUUUAUCUUAAUUCGGCUUUUAUGGUGUUGUACAAAAGUGUAAAAGGUCGUAUACUAAGGUUUAUUGAAGCCUUAUCCAUAAGAAGAUUCAACCCCCCUUUGCAGAAUAAUAAUAAAGAGCUUUCAUCUAAAUUUGAUCGAAUAGUUUCACAAUAUUUGGGUGCCGAGUUGAUGUGAGAAAUUAAAGAGGAGAUGGUGGAGAAGAUUUGUAGCUCAGGUGGAUGAUUUUGAUGGAGUUUUGUUCUCUAAGAUGGAUGGUUUGGUCGUGGAGCUUUCAUCAUUCUUCUGAACGACAUCAUCAGCACAAACUUCGGAUAGAAAUGAAGCGUUCGGAUUUCUCCGAGAAAACAUUAGAGAGGAAUAAUGUGUUUAUAAACUCUCAGAGAAAGAAUUUGAAGUAAAUCCAAGAUGGGAGCGGCAGUAACCCCAGAAGAGUAACUGGAGGAGUUAAUAAGUUUCGACACGUAAUGAAGAUGUAGAUAAUAUGAAGUGUGAAUAAACAGGUUUGGAUCUGAUAUAUAAUGUUCUAUGUAAUAUCACUUAGACAUUUAAAUCCUACUGAGAUCGACUGUAUGAACUGAGAAUUAGAUGUUCUUAAUUUCGAAGUGAAGAAAGGCGACCUCAGCAAGUGUGAUAACUACAGGGGCAUCACUCUUCUCUCAAUACCGGGAAAAGUCUUCAACUGGGUGUUCUUAAACAGAAUGAAGGACUCCGUAGACGCCCAACUUCGAGACCAACAGGCUGGAUUCCGUGAAGAUCAAUCGUGUACAGGCAAAAUUGCAACUCUACUGAUCAUUGUGGAACAAUCAAUUGAAUGGAAUUCAUCACUCUACACCAACUUUGUUGAGUACGAGAAAGCAUUAGACAGCAUGGACAAGACAACACUAUGGAAGAUUCUUCGACACUACGGCGUGCCUGAGAAGAUAGCUAAUAUCAUACGGAAUUCCUAUGAUGGACCAAACUGCGAAAUCGUGCAUGGAGGACAAUUGACAGACUCGUUCGAGGUAAAGACCGGUGUCAGGCAAGUUUGCCUACUCUCACCCUUCCUCUUCCUCCUGGUGAUCGACUGGAUCAUGAAGAUGUAAACAUCUGAGGGGGAGCAUGGGAUACAGUGGACAGCUAAAAUGCAGCUGGACAAUCUAGACUUCACAGAUGAUCUGGCUCUUCUAUCGCACACGCAACAACAAAUUCAGGAGAAGACGACCAGUGUAGCAGCAGCCUCAACAGCAGUAGGUCUCAAUAUACACAAAAGGAAAAGCAAGAUUCUCCGAUACAACACAACAUGCAACAAUCGAACCGCACUUGAUGGAGAAGAUUUGGAAGAUGUAAAAUCCUUAACAUAUCUGGGCAGUAUCAUUGAUGAACACGGUGGAUCUGAUGCAGAUAUGAGGGCGCAGAUCAGCAAAGCAAAGGCAGCAUAUCUAAAACUGUAGAACACCUGGAAAUCAAAACAACUAUCUGUCAAACAACACCAUCGUCAGAAUUUUCAAUACAAAUGUCAACACAGUUCUACUGUAUGGUGCGGAAACUUGGAGAACUACGAAACCCAUCAUCCAGAAUGUACAAGUGUUUAUUAACAGUUGUGUACGUAAAAUACUUCAGAUCCAUUGGCCAGACACUAUUAAACACUGACAACCUACUGUGGGAGAAAACAAUCCAGAUUGUAGUGUAGGAAGAAAUGAGGAAGAAUCUCUUCGAGACAAGAAACCCAGUCCCCUCGAUGGUGCAUCCAGCUGAUGAGUUUCGAAUAUGAUGAGACACGCGUCUUCAUCAAUAAGUGUUAGUCACCAUCCAUCUCUGUUAAUAAUGCUUGUAACUUAAAGGAAAUAUCACGGCAAUCCGCAAAAGAUAAACAUAUACCAAAAAAGAUCAAUAAAUUGCAGUCCAAAAACACUAACCAACACAAAUGAAACAAGGUAUUGAACUGAUUUAACAAACAAAAAAAUCACUGGCACUGUGAUUAACUCCUCAUGACUAUUCACAUUUCUACAAUUGUUGUAACGAAAAUGAAGGUUGAACAACUUAAACAAAGUAAGUUAGUCUUACUGACUACCAAUAAAAUUCAUGGCAAAUUAUUUGAUUUGAUUAGAACCUGGAGUUUCAUGGAAGUUAACAAAGUUUCAUUCGAAAAAAAAGUGCUUGGGCGUUUUCAUUAUUAACUGUUAGAGAUUAUUAUUACAUUUGCCAAAAAAUGUUUGCAUUUUAUGUUUAAAUUAAAUCCAUCAAAUAAUCUAAAUUCCAAGGAUUGAAUUUAUAUGAACAUACAUAGAUAAAUUGGCAACAUGAAUGAGAAUCAUAACUGGACGACAUUUUACACACCAGUAAACAAUUUGAUUGAUUGCAUGAUGUUAGAACAAGGACAUCCAAAUGCCAGUAAAAUAUUAUGUGAUAUUUCAAUAUUUCUUGGAAGUUUUAUGGCUUAUAUAUUCCCAUUGAUUGGAGUCUUCGAUUUGAUUUCUAAUUGUAUUGUUGCUAUAAUAUUUCUAUAUUAUCUAGUGCAACAUAAUAGACAAUUUGUAUAUCUAGGUGUUCUUGCUAUAUCAGAUAUUUCAUUAGUUAUUAUUAUUGGAUGGUUAUAUUGGUUUCCUACAUUUGGUUUACCAUUUG